AUGAGGCUGCUGGCUGGGCUGGGGCCGCUCCUCUUCUUGGGCUCCCUGCUGGCACAUAUCCACUGUGAGGACGUGUUUGGCAUCGUGGGAGAAAAUUUUACUUUUCCAGUAAAAAUAGACCAAAAAAUAACGGAAAUUAUUUGGACGAAAAACAAGGAUAAAGUGGCUGAAUGGGAAGGGCAAACCAACCCGACAUAUUUUACUUCUCUCCGUAACAGAGGCUUGCUUAACAAGGAUUAUGGGUCCUUGACUAUAUUUAACUUGGAGAACGGUGAUGCUGGCACAUAUGUGUUAGACUACUUCGAUUCUGGGAAGAAAAAUUAUGACUUAACCUUCACACUUGCUGUGUUAGAUCCCCCUUCAGAACCUGAAAUAAGUUGCAACAUCAGUGGUGAUGACAUCCUGUUAAAAUGUACAGCAGAUUUCCAGCAGCCUCUACGUUACACUUGGAAGUUAGGUAGCAAGUCAAUCACUCAGCAGACCCAGGAAGUUGUAAUCUCUAAGGCGAUUGUUGAUGCUUCCAAGAAAGCUUCGUGUUUCAUUAAUUUCUCUCAAACGGAAAAGAGCUCUGAAAUCUCUUUCACUCAAUGCUUUCCAGAUAACACAGAUAAAGAGUUGAACAAGGAGGACGGUGCCCUGAAAGACAAGCAGACAGUUAACAGUGGUGCAAAUCAGGAAGAGCUCUCUACCAAGCAGAACAGCACCCUGGCGUCCAAGUGUGGAGCUGACAAUGGUGCAAGUGAGGAAGACAUCUGUAAGACGGAGAACAGCAGCUUGCUGGUCAAUCAUACAGAUGACCAACGCGCAAAUGAGGGAGCUUUGCUGCACUUUGAGCAUGCUGUAGAGCCGCUGUAG